UGGGCCCUUUAACCUCUAUUCUUAUAAAUUGGUAGCUCAUUAGGGUUUCAAAUUCAUUGACGGAGGGCGGCUCGCAACAGCAUCAACCAUGGUUCUCAAGACAGAACUUUGUCGUUUCAGUGGUGCCAAGAUUUACCCUGGGAGAGGUAUCAGAUUUAUUCGUGCAGAUUCUCAGGUGUUCCUAUUCGUCAACUCAAAAUGCAAACACUACUUCCACAACAAGUUAAAGCCAUCCAAACUCACUUGGACAGCUAUGUAUAGGAAGCAACACAAGAAGGAUAUUGCACAAGAAGCUGCUAAGAAGAGGCGACGUACCACCAAGAAGCCUUACUCUAGGUCCAUUGUGGGUGCAACCUUGGAGGUAAUCCAGAAGAAGAGAACUGAAAGGCCAGAAGUUCGAGAUGCUGCCAGGGAGGCUGCUCUUCGUGAAAUUAAGGAAAGGAUCAAAAAGACUAAGGAUGAAAAGAAGGCUAAGAAAGCAGAGGUUCAAGCCAAGUCCCAGAAAGCUGGAGGAAAGGGCAAUAUGUCCAAAGGAGGUGCAUCGAAAGGUCCUAAGCUUGGUGGCGGUGGAGGAAAGCGUUAAGCUGCUGUUUAUGUUGUUUCCUUAUUAGUAAUAGAGUGCCUUGUUUGUAGAGACUGUAAGCGGAGACCUUCAUUUACAAGUAUCUCAUAGUUACAUCUGCAGACAAAUUUCUCGUCGACAGUUUUGCAUUUGGUUGAAUAUGCAGCUGUUGAUUCCCCACAUAGUGUUAAUUGGGUGUGGGUGCAUUCUCUAUUACAGAUGUAGUUUUUUGACUCAUAAACAAUAUAUUUUUGAAAUCUGUUUCUUCGA